AUGGCGAGUGGUUUCUGGGCGAUUCAGAUGACAGAGCGGGCAAAAUUGAUUUCGGCCUUUGUCUGCCCAUUCGGACACUUCCAGUGGAUCCAGAUGUCUUUUGGACUCAAGAACGCGACUCAAGAACGCGCCAGUGUGAUUAACAACUGUCUAUGGGGAUUCGUGCGGCUCCCACCUGAGGAGGAGGCGAAGGUCGACCGAGAUGUCCUGGAAUUUCUGGAGUUAACUGUCCCAGACACAGGACCGACGAUCGAAAAUCCUCAAGGCGAAGGAGGCGACUGCAUUCAGGCGAAAUAUUCCGACCCCAACACAGAUGGGACCGGUCCUGGGACGAAGCUCCUACAUAGACGACAUAGCUCAUGGGGCGCCUACCUGGGAUACACUUUCCUUCCGAAAAGCGAGUUCGGCAAACAAGCUAUACCGUACCUGUCUCACGAAGUCUGUGCCGAAGGUAUCAGGGCUACCCCGAAGAUUGCCAAGAGUGUUCAAGACUUACCUUUCCCAUCGACUCUGAAGGGCGUUCAGUCGUUCUUGGGAAGCUUGAAUUACUACAACAAGUUUAUCGAGGAUUUACCUCUUGUCGCGGCUGUGCUUUACGAGCUGAAUGAGGAUCGCAUUCGUGCUGGACAUGAUUUGGAUAAGGCCAAGGAAGCGUUCGAGAUUCUGAAACGUAAGAUCACAUCAACGCCGCUGCUGUGCCAUCCAGAUUGUACUAAGCCGUUUGUCAUCAUCCCACAUGCAAACCCCUGGGCGGCUUGUGCCGUCCUCGGACAGGAACAUGAGGGGAUCAUUCAACCAGUGCGCUUUACAGGGCGGGUUCUGAACGAGUCUGAACUCAGAUACCACAUCGUGGAGAAGGAGGUGCUGGUCAUCCUGCGAGUCUUAGAGCAAUUCCCCUGCUCAUCUACGACACCGACCAUAAUCUAUACCCGGUACUCGGUCCUGAAGCGGUUAUUUAAGUCAAAUUCCGCCGACGGCCGUCACCUCAAGUGGGGUUUAGAAUUGUCGAAGUGGGCUCUGGAACUACGCCGUGUGCAACGCGAUGAAGAUGGAUUAGCUGCUAUCCUCGGUGCAGGUAUUACCCCCAGGGAGCAUCUGGACGAAGUCGCUGAGAACCUGAUCCCGGCCAAGGGGCGAGUCAAGGCACCCCCGCCAAUCAGUGUGGAAAUGCUGGAUUCAGACUUCGAAGGAUACGUUCUGAGCUUUGCAGCCAAGGUCUCCACUAGACAAGAAAUUUGUGGGUGUAUCCUGUGGCGUUUACCUGGCUGGCAUGUCCUGAGCGCCCAUGGAUUCCCUUUGGAUGAUGUGACCGUGAAUGAUGUCGAGUAUCACGGGUUGAUCAAAGGUUUGGAGCUAGCUGCCGACCGCGGUUUCAGAGAUGUGGUUGUGGUCGGCGAUUCCAGGAUCGUAAUCCAACAAGCGCAAGGGUUGAUAGGUUGCCACCAGCCUAAUCUGCAACGUCGACUUGCUGAGUAUGAAGCCUUGAGAGUGAAAUUUGGCUCCGUACGGCUGGUCCACGUCAAACGUGAUUACAACCAGGCAGCAGACUACCUACAUUGGCACUCGGGAAAGCAUGGGGUCCCGGAGAAGAUUAUGAAGACUCCGGAGACCUCGGAGCGAAAAGACGACGCAAGUCAGAGUCUGAAGAGCGAUCGUCCAAGUGACCUCAUUUCAGACUCUGCCCCGAGCGCGCCUGAGCCAGUGACACCCGUGAAGAUAGUUACAACCCGAAGUCGUUCCAGACAGGUUGCCGAAUUAGAUGACCCGAGUCGGCCACUUGAUUAUCCAGACGAACGUUGGAGACGGAUUAAGGUCCAUCAGGAUGAGGUCCCAGGGCUAAAAAGGCUCAAUGAUUAUCUGAAAGGUGACUUGUUGAACUAUACGCGGAGGGAAGUCAAGAAAAUUACGAAGGGUUCAGACCGAUAUAUUUUAGACUCAAGAGACGUCCUCUAUCGUUUGGCUGCGCCUACCCCGGAACGUCCUAGGGAUAAGCGCUCUGAACUUCGACUGAUUGUACCGGAAGCCAUACGAUCGGACAUCCUACACCACGCUCACGAAGACUUCCAGAGUGGCCAUCAAGGUAUCACCAGGACAUAUGAACGUCUGCGAUCAGAGUUUUUCUGGAUCGGGAUGUUCCAAGACGUCGAAAUGUUUGUCAAGGAAUGUACGGAUUGCGCGUCCGCCAAGGGACGACCUCCGAAUCCAGGACCCCCUCCCGGGAAUAUUGAACCGACCGGUCCUUUCGAAGUAGUGUCCAUGGAUUUUGUCCUCCCGAAGUCGGAACGUGGGAAUACGUUCCUACUUUUGUACGGGCUACGUUAUGUGUAA